AUGUUGCAAUCAACAGAUGCUUUUCUCAACGAUCUUUUCGAGGGUUAUGCUGAGCAGGGCUUUCUCUCGGAUGGUCCUCCACUGGCUAGACUCUCAAACCCCUCUUACGAGACCUGGGAGGAUUUAGCCAGCCAACUUCCGAAUCUCAUCCAAACAAGCCAAAUUCGCGGUAGAAUCGAAAGGAUGCCCGUCUACACGACUGAGCAUCUUCAGACGGAACCAGAAUGGCGACGAGCAUGUGUUAUCAUGGGAUAUCUAGCUCACGCUUAUGUCUGGGGAGGAGAGACCCCAAAAGACAGACUGCCCCCCUCAAUUUCAAAGCCUUUCCUUGAGAUAUCAGCACAUCUGGAACUUCCCGCCUGCGCCACAUAUGCCGGCCUCACACUGUGGAACUUCAUACCUUCCCACCCAGAAGCAGACAUCACAGAUCCGGACAACCUCCGCGUUCAGACCUCCUUCACCGGCACAAAAGACGAGGAAUGGUUCAUGGUGAUUUCCGUCGCCGUUGAAGCCAAAGGCAUCAAGCUCAUCUCGCUGAUGCGGGAUGCUUUCAAAGCAGUUGCUGCCAAUGACGUUGACUUACUCACUGCCCUUUUGUGCAGAUUUGCCGACGGUUUGUGUGACCUCACACUGACUCUGAAACGGAUGUACGAGCACAACAAGCCCGCUGUCUUCUUCCACCAGCUUCGGCCGUUCCUGGCUGGCAGCAAGAAUAUGGGUCAUGCUGGUCUUCCCAGGGGUGUGUACUAUGAUGUAGAUGGUAGUGAUGGAGUGGAACGACCAGAGAAUUGGCUCCAGUUGAGUGGUGGGAGUAAUGCACAGAGCUCGCUGAUCCAGGCACUUGAUAUUUUCCUUGGUAUCAAGCACUCUGCAACAGAUGGGAGGCAAGCUUGUGGUCCGAGUUUCAUUCAGCAAAUGCGAGACUACAUGCCUGGUCCGCAUAGGCGCUUCCUUGAAGAGCUAUUUGAUCGGGCUAGUGUUCGUCCGUUCAUACUGGACUCGCCGGUUCAACCGCUUAGGGAUGCAUACAAUGCAGCUGUGAAUGAGCUCAAGGCUUUCCGCGAUACACACAUCCAGAUGGUCACUCGAUAUAUUGUUAUGGCGUCGAGACAGCCUAACCCGAUUGAACAGGGAACGGGGAGAUUGAAUCUAGCCACAGCUAGCUCUCAAAUGAAGGAAGCAGGUGCAAAGACUAAGCUUGCUGGGACUGGUGGCACGGACUUGAUACCCUUCCUGAAAAAGACCAGAGAUACGGUUCAAGAUGCCAAGUGCUAG